AUUUAUCUUUGAUUCUUUCCUUCGUAGUUACAACUUUUAACUUUGGUUCUUCCAUGCUUACAGGUACUGGCCAAAACAACAUCAGUCGCAUAUACGUGCUUGAUAAUACAGGUGGAUUUGUGCAUGAACAUUGUCUGGGGGCAGGGAGACUUCAUUGAUUUUUACAUGGAUGAGCACAAACAGAGCCAGUUUUAGGUAGAAGUUGAAGCUUGCUACCAACACCCGUUGUUCCGGGAAGAUCAAGGAGGGAAGACGUGGUUGUUGACGUGUCCGGGUAGGUCCGGGGCAUGACACUGUAAGCAAAGGGAGAGACGGGCAAGCUCUAGGUCUGAAGUCCACAAUAGUAGGUGAGUGCUUCUUUUUGGGAUAAGAGAGAUGGAAUUAUGGUUUAGUUUCGUGAGCAGUCUACCAGUAAAAAAGAAUUCCAAAAUAGCUUCAGUGACGUCGUUACCAACUAUAUUCUAGUUGUGUUUAAAAAAGGUAGCAGAAAACCAUCCGGGCCCGAUGCUUUAUCAUCCUCAAUAUAAAAAAGAGCAGAGCAGAUUUCCUCCUCAGUCAUAGGAGUAAUCAACUGAUUUGCAAUCACUAGAUCAAUGACUUGUCCAACGUUAACCACUGAGGGGUUAAGAACCUGAUUCACAGCAGCAAUACCGAAGAGUUCUUUUAAAAAAUUCUGGAAUUCAAAUGGUCACUUGAUUAGUAGAUGUAGUCUGUCUUCCAUUUGCAAGUGUAAUGUGUGGAAUAAAGUUUCGGGUGGUAUUCCUCUUGACUAUAGCAUGGAAAUACGUGGUACAAGGAUCACCCUGUAGAAGAUGCUUAGUCUUGGCCCUUCGCUGGUAGAAGAGGAACUCAACAUCGGAGAGGAAAACCGCUUUCUUUCUAGCUGCUUCAACCGAUUCUUGGAGCUGAACAUUCAAAGGAUCAAGAAGAAGGUUAUUAUGAAACACUUUAUAGCUAUCUUUGGCCCCCUUAGCUUUGUCUAAGAUACAACCAUAUUCAGAUUUGUUAAGUGCUUUGAGAGAUCCUUUCAAAGUUUUUAGCUUCUUACAAAGAACAAAUUGUUUGUUGCGGUGCACCCAAACCUUAUAAACAAUAGACUGGAAAUCUGGGUGCUUGAGCCACAUGUUAAAGAAUUUGAACGAUUUGGAAUUCUUUGAAUCAAUACGCAUCAGGAUUAAAGUCCAGAAAUUAUGUAGUACACAUGAUCGAUCUCUCUUGCCAAAUAUGAUUAGGGAAGAAAAAGAGGGAACAUGGUCAAAAAAAGGCUCAAAGUCCAGAAAUUCCAUAGUACACAUGAUCGAUCUCUCCUGCGAAAUAUGAUUACAGAGAGUCCUAUCCAGUUUUGCCCAUAAUUGUCCUUUGUUCCAAGUGAAGAAUUGGCCAGUAGAAGGUGAAUUAGUCAAUUCACAUGAAACCUUGAAGUUAUACAGAUCCCUCAUGGCAUAAUUAGUUGAUUGAUUUCCCCCAAUCUUUCUGUAGGUGAUCAAAUACAAUUGAAGUCUCCCAUUACCAUCCACAGGGUAAUGAUAUUAUUAGAAAGAGUACCCAAAUGUUCAAAAAGACUCCUCCUUUCGCCUAUGGUAUAUAAGGCAUAAACAAAAGUACCAAAAACCCAUGAUUGAGCGAUUUUGCAAAAUAUUCGGCAGUGAAUGUGUUGUUUGUAAGAUUCAAUCACAUCACAACAACAACAACAUCCAAGCCUUAGUCCCAAAAAAUAUUGGGGUCGGCUAACAUGAAUCGAUACAUGAUAUCACAAUCAAAAGGAAAAGAAGGAAUAAAGAUAAAAAGAUAAGCUAUUAUGAAAAGAUAAUAUAAAAAAAGAUGAAUAAAUAUAAAAAUGAUAAAAUAAAAAGGCUGCAAAUAAUGCUUAUAUAUAUAUAUAAGGAUAAAAAAACUAGGAAAAAAAAAGAUGAGGGAGAAAGAUUAUCAAGAUCACUCCUUCACGUGAAUACCCGCUCUCCAUUUAGUUCUCUCCAAAGUCAUGCCCUCAUCCAACCCCAGAAGAAGCAUAUCACUUCGAACUCCCCUAACCCACGUCUGUUUGGGUCUUCCUCUCCCUCUCUUCCCUGCCUCUUCUCCACACAUCUCAACUCGCCUAACAGGGGCAUCACUUGGUCUUCUACGCACAUGACCAAACCACCGUAGGCGUGACUCCCGCAUCUUGUCUUCAAUAGGUGCUACUCCCACCCUUUGUCUGAUUGUCUCAUUCCUCACGCGGU